AUCUACCUUCGACAACCUUCCUCGCAACUGUCCCGAGUACUGAGGAAAAUAGUGCCCAGCACCGUCGAUCUUUGCAAGUCGUUGAAAAUCACCGACCGUGCGAUGUACAAUGGACGUGCGUGACCGCAACAAGCUCCGUAUGAACCACCGUCUCCUGAAGAGGACGGUCUCCACACACUACAUCAAGGGCUACCUGUACGAGAAGGGCGUGCUCACCAUCGACGAUGUCGAAACCCUAAACAACAAGCCUACAGAGGAGGACAAGAUGGAGACGCUGCUCUUCAUGCUGCCCAGGAAGGGCGACGGCGCGUUUCAGAAGUUCUGCUCGGCCCUGAAGGAUACACGCUACGAGCCGUCUCUGUACAAACAAGUGGCAGAUAUACUGGAGUCUACUGUGUCAGAUGAGGAACAGGAAGGCCAGCAAUGCAGGGAAAAAGCUGUUGUUAUUGCGGAAAACGGAAGCUCCCCCGACGUCCGAGAGGAGGUUGCUCGGUGGGACCUCCUCUGUAAGCGCCGCCGGGACAUCGCCACCUGCCUGGACACGGAGAAGACCUGCCUGCUUCUCCUCAACUCCGACGUCCUGACCGAUCGGGAGCGCAAAGUGAUCGAGCGGGAAGAGUCUCCACCCGAGCGGGCCCAGACCCUGCUUCGCAUCCUCCCCACCAAGGGCACCAACGCGUUCCACGCCUUCCGCCAGGCUCUGAAAGAUCAGGGCCGAGACGACCUGGCGGCCCUCCUGGCCGGCGAGCCCGACCGAGUUUACAACCCCGUCAAGAACUUCGCCAAGGCGGUGAGCCACUUCUACACCUCCGAGGACGCCAAGCAGGUCAACCUGGCAAUGGAAGGUGAGCAGUCUGUCGUCGUCCUGUCCGGCAUCACCGGCUCGGGGAAGACCCAGCUCGCCCUGUGGCAGGCGCAGCUGUUCGUGGAGCGCCAUCCCACAGCCGUGGUGUGGCGGCUAGACGGCCACGACAAGAAGAGUUUCCUCACCGACAAGCAGAAUCUCCUUCAGGCGCUGAAGGAAAAAGUCCCGACCGAUGACAGCCAGCUAGACGACUGCGUGGCGAAGGCCCUCGACAACCGGAAGACUCCAGUCCUGCUGAUCAUGGACGACCUGGACGACGGCCUGUUCCUCUCGCCCGCCUUGUUGAAACCGAGAAAGGAGUCGAAGAUCCUGCUCAUCACCCACCGCAAGCGUCUCCAGCAGCCGGCAAACGUCUCCAUCCCGGAAGACUCCUACAUCACCGUCAACGGCUUCUUGGAGGACGAGUCGGUGGAAUUCCUGCGGAUGAAGCUGCAGGACCAUCCCGCUGACGAGCUGCGGAGUUUGGCGACGACGUUCAGCGGUCUCCCCCUGGGGCUGGCGGCCGCCCGCAGCUACCUGUUCCAAACCAAAACGAGCGUGGAAAACUACCUGACUCUCCUGGAGAAGAGAGAGACUGCGUCUGAAUUGGAGGAGAAAGCAGACAGGUGGAUGUUGCAGUUCUACGAGAGACCAGAGGACCAGAAAGCCGGCAGAAACCUUUUUGCCGCCCUGCGCCUGGCAGUCAGCAAACUGGACCAACGGGCAAGGUCCAUGUUCCAGCUGACCGGGUACAUGGACAAGAGCCGGAUCCCCAUCGUGGUUCUGAAGGAGGACGUGCAGGACUCCCCCGCCAUGAGGAACGUGGCGCUCAACCAUCUCGUCAUGCAGGUGGAGGACCUGUCUCUGGGGACGGUGGAGGGCAUCGACAACGACCGCGUCCUCUCCGUUCACGAGGUGGCCCAGCUGGCUAUGCGCCUGUCAUUCACCAAACAAGAGGAGAAAGAACGUCUGAAGAAGCUGCUGGACAUACUCCUCAAGUACUUCGCCAAGGAUAACCGAUACACAAAAUCCGGAAGGCUUGCUGAACUCCUCCAGCCGCAUGUUGGAAAGGCCCUGCGGUACGCCAAGGCCGUUAACGACGACGGGAGGUUCUCCCUGGCCCUGGCCCGCCUAAGCGAGGUGUACGGCUUCAUGAACACCCAGUGUGGGAUGCCUGGGAACGCCGAGGAACAUCUCAGAGCCGCCAAGGACCAUCUUGAGGACCUCGCCAAAAUUGACUGGCGUGACGUCAACUACCAGGUGAUUGAAAAGUUCCAGGCACACACCCGCGGUUACAUCUCCAUCGACGAGCAGGGCAGCGUGGAAGAGAAGAGCGUCAAGGAGGCCGAAGUCCUGUACUGGAAGCUGUCCGAGGCGAGCAAGCGGCUCCCCGACGAGGUUUUCACCACCAUGAUCCAGAGCCGGGUGAUCGUAGACCAGGACUUGGCUCUGUUCCGCGCGCUCGGCAAAGCCCCCGCCGGCCUGGCCGAGUCCGUCAUGAACAAGGAGCCACUGACACAGGCGCAGUACAGGAAGAUGGUGGAGGACGGCAUCGCCAUUGACGUGGAGCGCAUGAAGGAGGUGUACCUACCCGAGCUGUACGCCUCCAUCAACUACUCACUGGGACGCUGCUUCUUCUACAUGAAGGAGAAAUACGCAAACGAUCCAGCGGGAAAAGACAGUCUCAUCAGAAGCAUGCAGCUGGCCUACUACGUGUGUGACCAAAUCAAAAAGAACACUGGGAUAUCAGUUCUGCACAAGUACCUUUCUGAGACCAACGCACUUCUGUAUCUGCGUCUGGAGGAAGAGGGAAAGAGUCCAGACGACCUGAGGAGGGACAUCAAAUACGCCAGGAAAAGGUACUCGGAGUUUGUGGAGGGAAGAGGAGAAUACUUCGAAUUCGGCAUCCUGAAGAAGUUUGGUCAAGACAGCUAUAGUCUCAUGGUGUGCCAGCGCCAACUCAUUAAGUGCUUCAACUCCCUCAUCAAACUGUCUGAGUCUGAGCAAGAACGGCUGGCGUAUUUUGAGAAGGCACAGACUGAGUGCAGGAAUAUGAUCAUGCAUGCAGAAAAGCAGAUUGCAACAGACACCUAUGGAAAAAUUGUGGAGCGGCCAGAACGUUUGGCAGUUUUCUACAACACUGCAGGAAAGUGCUUUGCUGACGAUGGUGACUUCAAGAAACUCGAGGAGGCACUUGACUGGUUCCAAAAGGCGUACGACCUCGAGACCGAGAGGGGCAAGGAAGACUACCCCCUGUCGGACGCCCUCCUUGGGCUGGCCGAAGGUCUGGUACGGCGUAACCACGGCGACGAUCUCGAGAAGGCAGAGGGCUACGUCGGUCAGCUCCUGGAGUUGUACAACAGAAAAUGGCCAGGCAAGAAGGAUCAGAUCAAGAAAGCCCAGGAGAUACAAGUUCAGAUUGCUCUGUUGAGGUAGAGACAUGUUUGCACGCGGCUGGACCGUGGCUAGCUUUAUAACACCGAACGACCUGUAACACCGGUCAUACGGGUAUACCGAUACAGGUACACCUAAUCUUUUCACAUUGCAUACUCCUAUCAGGAAACAAACUAAAGCUGAAGUGUAGAUUAGAAUGAUCCCUCUAAUCUACAGCUCUGAGUCAAGGGCUAUGAGUUCAGCCUAGAGCAAGACACAAGAAUGUUUAGAAGAACUGUGUAUACAUAGCAUGAAAGUUCAUCUGUGUUGGUAAACUUCAUUAUGACAAAAAGUUCUUUAGUAAACGUUCUUGCCAACACUGAGUAAAUUGGGACUUACCCCCAAAUUUUCGGUGUACAUUCGGGCCAACCGUCCAACACUGAACAGAGACGAGGGGCGAUAGUACCCGUUGAACCGAUAUGUAGAAUUUUGAUAGACUCAUACCAGCUAGUAAACUUAUUAUAUGUCAGAUCUUUUUAACAUACAAAUACAAUGGGAUUUGUACUACAGUUUAAUUUAUAAAACUACUUUUGAUUCUUAUAUAAGAGUAUUUCAGUAUAAAUUGUUACAUAACUUUCUUGCUCUCAAAAAUAAGUUAUAUAGAUGGAACUUAGCAGAGGACUCAUUAUGUUCUUAUUGUAAUUUGGAAGAGGAGACACCUUUACACAUUUUUUGCCAUUGUACCUCUCUUGUGGGGUUUCUGGGGGAUGUGGAGUUUUGGAUAAAACAACAUGUUGAUACAGAAGUUAAGCUCACACCCAGAAUUAUCAUAUUAGGCAUUUCAGUUAACCAUCCUAUUGUCCUUAAUAUAUUGUUAUUGAUAUUAAAGCUCUAUAUAUAUAAAAACAGACAGUUUAAGUUGGUCACGAUUAAGGGCUUUACAUGUUAUGUUAAAUACUAUCAUAAAUUAGAAUAUGUGAUAGCACAAAACUGUGGGAAAAUGGAUAAACAUAUGUUGAAAU